CUCAAGUUUACAUCAGACUUCAGCUGUAUGGUGGUGUGUUUAUCUUCGUGGUUCGAACAAACUUUUUACGUUUAUUAAAUAUUGAUUUAGUUCAACUUUAAAUUAUAAAAUGGCUUUGAAAUGGGGAAUCAUGAGUGUAGGCAAAAUGUGCAAUGAUUUUGUCAAUGCUUUAAAUUAUUUACCAGAUGAUGAACACCAAGUAGUGGGUGUUGCUGCUAGGAAAAAGGUAAAGGCUGAAAAAUUUGCUGCCGAACAUAAUAUACCUCUUGCAUUUGGAUGCUAUGAAGAUCUUGCAAAACAUAAAUCAAUAGAUGUAGUUUACAUUGGCUCUGCUAAAACAGCACAUUAUGAUCUAUGUAAACUUGUGCUGUCCAACAAAAAGCAUUUGCUGUGUGAAAAACCUCUUUCCUUAAAGUAUGAAAAUACUGAAGAAUUGAUAUCAUUAGCCAAACAAAAUUCAUUGUUCUUAAUGGAAGGUGUAUGGUCACGUUUCUUUCCAGUAUAUGAUGAAUUAUCACAACUGCUUGCCUCUAAUGUCAUAGGGGAUGUUAUUUAUUUGAAAGCAGAUUUUGGGGUGCCUUUUGCUUUAGACAACACAGUUAGAAGUGAGGAAAUUGGUGGAGGGACCAUUUUUGAUUUGGGUGUUUCUGUGCUGCAGUUAGCUAUUUUUGUUUUGGGCCGAAAACCUUACUCGAUUGCUGCUGUAGGUCAAAUCAAUGAAUAUGGAAUCGAUGAAAGUAUCAACUAUAUUUUGAAAUAUCGUGAUGGAAAGACUGCAAAUUUUUGUACCCAUAGCAAAAUAAAAAUGGACAAUUCGGCAAUGAUUUAUGGAUCAAAUGGAUACAUAAAGAUCAAAGAUCCAUUUUGGGCUCCCACUGUGAUUUCUGUUAAUAAUGGAGAGAAAAUAAGAUAUGCACUUCCUGUUAUUGAAAGAAAACAAUAUUUUACCCAUAGCCAAGGUUUGGUGUAUGAAGCAACAGAAGUUCGAAACUGCAUAGAAAAAGGUUUACUUGAAUCCCCAAAAAUGACGCAUGAAGAUACCCUGACUAUUUCAAAAUGGCAAGAAGAAAUAUGCAAAUUAAUUGGUUCAAAAUACUAGUAUUAAUCAUAAAUAUAAAUAUAAUAAAGAUACAUUUGUUCCAUUUAUUGUAUGUAUGGCCUUUAUAGCUUUAUAUUAAUUAAAAUAUAAUAUCAAUACUGUUGUUAUUUUUCAAUAAAAUAAAAAAGACAAAUAAAAUCUAUUUGUUAAG